AUUUUUUUUCCAAUGAGAGAGCUACAGCUCUUGAGACGCCCAUAGUUUCCCGUGCAGCAGAGUUUGCUCCAAUCUUUACUGCUAACGCUGACCUUCGCACGCUCUUAACCUUUCUUCUUCAACCCUAAGCACAUCUCAGCCUACCACCGCGCGAUCUACUUGGAGCCAUGACCGAACAGCUGACGGAUGAACAGAUCUCAGAGUUUAAGGAGGCAUUCAGCUUGUUCGACAAGGAUGGAGAUGGUUGCAUCACUACCAAGGAGUUGGGUACGGUGAUGCGUUCACUCGGUCAAAAUCCCACAGAAGCGGAGUUGCAGGACAUGAUUAAUGAAGUGGAUGCAGAUGGUAAUGGUACAAUCGACUUCCCAGAAUUCCUCAACCUCAUGGCUCGCAAAAUGAAAGAUACAGACUCUGAGGAGGAGCUCAAGGAGGCCUUCCGGGUGUUCGAUAAGGACCAGAAUGGCUUCAUCUCUGCUGCGGAGCUUCGCCAUGUCAUGACCAACCUUGGGGAGAAGUUGACAGAUGAGGAGGUGGAUGAGAUGAUCCGAGAGGCCGAUGUUGAUGGUGAUGGCCAAAUCAACUACGACGAGUUUGUGAAGGUCAUGAUGGCCAAGUAAUGAAACAUGAAGAAACUUUAUGAAAGUAUGAUGGAAAGAGUCAUUUCAUGACAAAUUAGUAAGUCGUUGUCCCUUUCUCUUCGUUUUCUCUUUAAUUGUAGUUGUAAGAUGAUGAGACUGCUCCCUCUCUUGUUACCAGUAUAUUUGUGUUUUUGCUCUUGUUUUCAUCUAUGUUUUUAUAAAUCCCAUUUGAUUCA